AUGCGCAGACAGAACUCGAAUGAUCGGCGGAUGCAACGCUCGGGCUCUUUAUCAAAAACAAUCAUGGGUUUCUUAACAACAUUUGUGGUUAUGAUCGGAGCCGUAUUCACAUAUUUUGUUCAAGGCUUGAAGCGGGUAUAUCGAGGGUACAAGAAAUAUCAAGUUGUUAAAUAUGAGCAUGUUCAAUUAUCACCUCUAACUAGCCAUCGUCUACUGGUUGUCAAAAAGAAAAUAUUAGUAUUAGACCUUGAUGAAACAUUAAUUCAUUCUCAUCAUGACGGUGUUGUUCGACCAAUGGUAAAGCCUGGAACUCCGUCCGACUUCACUAUCAAAGUCACAAUUGAUCGUCAUCCCGUAAGAUUUUCGGUUCAUGCUAGACCGCAUGUGGACUAUUUCUUAUCUGUCGUGAGUCAAUGGUUCGAUUUGGUAGUAUUCACAGCUAGUAUGGAAGUAUAUGGAACACAUGUAGCUGAUAAACUCGAUAGAGGAAGAAAUAUAUUAGGCAGAAGGUACUUUCGUCAGCAUUGUACAAUGGAUUAUGGAGGAUAUACGAAAGACCUUAGCGCCAUUCAUCAUGACUUAUCAUCAAUUUUUAUUUUAGACAAUUCGCCCGGUGCAUAUCGAAAAUUUCCACAGAAUGCAAUUCCGAUACCUUCCUGGUUCUCUGACCCCACUGACACUUGUUUAUUAAACCUCUUACCUUUUCUGGACGCACUGAGGUUCGCGUCUGAUGUGAGAAGUAUACUAAGCCGGAACCAACAAUGCCAACAGGUGUGGUAA